AUGUCUCCGGCAAGGACGAAGGCGAUGGCCAAGGGCCAGCGCGAUGAGGCGCAUCACAUGCACAAGUCCAACUCGUCCAUGAUCCGCCUCACCGCUCAACUCAUGCAGCAGAACCGUCCUCAGCUGACGGUCAACAUUGCGCUCGUCUUCAUCUUCCUGGUCGACUUCUGGCUGACGGGCUUCAAUCUGGUACACCGCCUUCUCAUCAAGCUCAAGAUCAUCAAACCGCUUCCUGAGAACUGCGUGCCUCCUGCUUUCUCGCCUACCAGUCCUCCUCCGUUUGCGCAGUGGCCGCUGACGCACAUCUUCUGCCGCCUGAUCCACCUCUACAACCUUCUCACGAACUACAAGGAAGACCAGAGGCUGCAUCACGAGCUGUACUGCCGAAAGCCUAAGAACGACUGGAUCCGUGACUGGGCCACCUGGGAGGGAAUCGGACACAAGGGCGAGUGGACCGAGCCGUACCCUGCGAAAGACGAGGACAGCAGAUGCCCUUGUCCAGGUCUCAACGUGCUCGCGACCCAUGGCCUGAUCCACCAAUCCGGUCGCAAGGUGGCUGCCUCCAAGAUGGUGGUGGCCAUCUCUCGAGCUUUCAACAUCGCACCCACCAUGGCACUGCAGCUCUACUCUCCGCUCUUCUCCACGUUCAGCGAUCGCGGUCACGUCUUUGACCUCGAGUCGAUCGGCAUCGCCAACAUCAUCGAACACGAUGCAAGUCUGUUGCGUCCUGACUACUUCCUCGCCGACUGGAAGCAGGAUCGCACCGCCAUGACGCGCCCCCACCAGGACAUGAUCGACCGCUGGUUCCCCGCCCACCUCAAGCACGGCAAGUUGAAGGACGACAUGACGGACCGCGACUUUGCCGAGGCCGUCUGCGUCCGUCGCGCCGAAUCGCGCAAGCGCAAUCGACAGUACAGCUCGAAUGUGGUGCAGAGUCUGAUCGGAUCCGGAAGCUGCUGUCUGAUGCUCAAUGUGUUUGGAGGCAAGGUGCUGGAUCUUCGCGAGAUGGCAGGGAGCGUUGAGCGAGACUUGCCCGGUGUGAGGACGACCGCGUCAGGAGAAGACUACGGAUACGAGCGGAUGCCAGCAAGGACAAUCAAGGUGAAGGAGGGCGAACAGGCCCCCGAGGGCUGUCCCAUGGGCAAGACAUACAAGCAGAAGUGGCAGCCAGCUACGGGCAAGUGGAUGUUCGGCAUGACCAUCGUCCAAGCUCUUUGGACGACUUUCAACAUUGAGAUGCGCGCUAGGGCUUAG